AUGAAUAAAGACGCCAUGGCCAUGGAAAAACUGGCCGCUAAAGACUGCUUGGACUCAGAGUCUGAGAGCAGGGGCCCAGGGAAAAUUUCCAAAAGUGAAAUGCCUAGUCGUGGCGAAUUCAAUAAUAAAAAUAAUACGGAAUUCAAUCCAAUCAUUGAAAAAGCAAUGUUUCAUGAAAUAAUAAUGGAAUCACUGGAACCAGAAUUACAGAAGUUAUGCUCGAGAGUAUCGUAUCUAACACUUCUGAUAAAAGAUGCGGUGAAUAUAGCUAUUAUAAAAGGUCAUUCCGGAACAGCCAGCCAGCCAACUCAAUCAGAAUUACCAGCAACAGAAGACGCUUACCAAUUCCCAUUUAACACUAUCGAAUGUUUGAAAGAGUUUGACAAAACUCUAGAUGAGAAAAACAACUAUGUGAAAAUUAUGAAAGCCAUACUAGCAAUUCUUUCCAUUUCAUUUGCAUGCAUACUGGGCGAUACAAAAACGAAAUUUUUCACCUUGCAGGCAGUCAACAGAAGUGCUGGUAUCCUGUACGAAUCUUUUGAUACAGUUCAUUUAGAAACUAGUUCAUGGAAGUUGAUUAAUUCUAUAGAUUUAGAAAAUUAUUAUGACCUCUACGAUAAUUUUAUUUUUAGUUAUAAAAAAAUGGUAGAACUUUGCGAUUUGAGAGAUUCUCAAAAGGAAUAUUUAAAACCUUGCAUUAUGGCAAACAGCCUAUUUAAUCGGAUAAGUCGUGUUCUUCACCGUGUUCAAGAUAAUAACAGUAUAAUUGGAGAAAUUCUAAAUAGCCAGCAAUUUUUAAAUCGAACCAAACGAGGUUUAGUCAAUGCCGUAGGCAAUGUUGCAAAGGUUUUGUUUGGAACCUUAGAUGAAAAUGAUGCUAAACAUUUCAACGAAAUUCUCCAAAAACUGGAAACAAAUCAGAUAAAUAUGCAACACUUACUAUCAGAACAAACAAGUAUUUUUGAAAAUACCAUUCUAUCUCUCAACUCAUCAAAUCAAGCAAAUAAACAAAUUUUUGAAAAUUUAAACGGAAAAGUCAAUCAAAUUGAAACUUUCAUCAAUGAUCACAUAAAAGGUGUUAUUGAUAAUAUCACUUCAUAUGAAAAUUUUGCAUUACAGUUCUCUGAGUAUUUUUCUCUAUUCGAACUGGUCUCCGAACAGUUCCAGUUUUACCAAAGUGAUCUAUUAAACAUAAUUUUGUAUGCUCAAAAUGGUAUUUUACAUCCUUUAGUCCUAAGUCCAAAAAGGCUCAUAAACCAUUUAGUUAAGCAAAGCAUGUAUUUACCAAAAGGGUUAUCAUUUCCUGUACCUCUUUAUCAUCAUUAUUCUCAUGACCUGUAUAAAACAAUGCAUCCAAAUGUGUUUUACUCAAAUUAUAAAUUGUACUUUAUUUUAUACAUACCCCUUGUAAGUGAUAUUUCGUACAAUAUCGUUAAGAUGACAAGUUUACCUAUAAAAGUGAAUAAUGAUAAACAUUCUCAUAUAUUCUCAUUUAUUUCAUCAGAACACCAUUACUUAGUAAUAGAUAGUCUUAAGCGAAACUAUUUUUUUCUUGAUAACAAUGAUUUGAAAGAUUGUUCAAGAAUAGAUAAUAAGUACGUUUGUAAAGAAAAAUAUCCCUUGUUCCUUUUACCAAUACAUAAUGAUUGUGAGGCACUGUUGUACACUCAUCCUCAGAAAAUUCCUGAGUCUUGUGAAAAACGAGUUAGUGCCAUUCAUAAAACAAUUUUUAUCAAAAUUCUGAAAAUAAAUUCUUGGAUUUUUGUUAGUCCAAACGAUGAAACUCUCACAAUAAAGUGUCAAAAUUUUGGAGACUCUAUUCGUUUAAACAAUUCAGGCAUUUUAGAACUUGCACCGCACUGUAUCGCUUUUACAAGUUCUGUCACGCUAAAGCCAAUUGAUACCAAAGAAGCAAAUGAGUCCUUCAUAAACACAAUUUAUUUUCAAAAUCUUGACAUUAAAAAUGAAAUCAAUAAUCAAGAUCUUCGUUUCAGUUUCAUGGAAACUUUGUCCUUGAAUAAAAGUAUUUUAGUACUUCCUGAUCAAAAUGAAAAAUUAGCAAAAAUUAGUUAUUCCAUCGAUGUAUUAAAAGCAAAGGAACAAAAGAUGUUAAACCAAAAAUCUAUUGAUUUUAACCAUAUUCAUCAUUAUAUUCUAGUAUAUUUAGUAGUGUUUUUAAUUGUAAGUUACGUAGGUUUUAAGAAAUAUAAAACAAUGUGCGUUAAUCAAGAUAAAAGGAAAUGUGAAACUCCAAGUGCAACCGCUGAAAGCAUCUGUUUAACAACGCGAGUGCCGCGAAUAGACAAAACCGCUGACGUCCAGUUUAACGAAAUAGCUGAUAGUGGCAAUUUAAUCUACGUCCCUUUCAACAAAAACAUGUGCAAAUUAUUUGGCAUGAUACUUCAGGACGAAGAUGGAAAUAAUAAUGACCAAGAUGCUGCCACAGACACAACAAAGAAAAAGGAAGUCAAUUUGAAUGAAAUGGAUGCUGAAGUAGAGCAAGACACUUCUGAUAUUGGAGAAUUCCCAGAAAGAUCUAAUGCUGAAGAAACGACAGAAUAA